AUGUUUGACGCCUGCAUCUACAAUUACCUUUUUCUCUUGGCAUCUGUCGUUGCACCAUUAGUGGUGGAGGCCGUUACGGCUAUUAAGGUGGUGGCAUACGACAAUAUUAGGGUGUUGGAUGUACGUACUGGUCGAUUACCUCUUGGUUCUAUUUCCACCGCUUCUCUAACCUUAAGUAAUCAGCAGGCGGCAGUGAUGGUGGUGGUGGAUUAUGGAAUGGAUAUUGCUGAGGCAUUAUGUCAAAUGACUGGGUUUAUUAAUCAUUCCAACAUAAAGGCCAUAGAUGGCAUUACAAUUCAAAUUAGCAAUAAGGUGAAAAGAUGUACUUCUAACAAGAAUGAUACGGUGGCAGUAGCAGUGACAUCAUCUAUUCCUGUGGGCCCUCAGAGAAAACACAGUAGAAGCUAA